AUGCAUUUUUUUCAGCAUAAGAACUGUAUUCAUCCAUACAUAUACCCAUACCAAAAGCAAACAAUUCAGCCCACUACACUACCGGCACCAGCACCCGAUAGGGGGUUCCCCAUGGACGUCCACGACACCAAAGAGGUGGAGUUAUUUGGCGGGGCGAUGCGCUGCCGAGUUCCACGUGUCCUGCAGAACGUCUCGGACUUCCGCCAGGUCCCGGACCACCAGGAGGUCCUCCACGACCUCUCAACAGGGGCCACUCUCAUUGUCGAGCUCCUCGCACGACAGCGUGAGGUCCGUGAUGACGAGGCCGCCCGGUUCUUCUACUACGACCUCGCCAAGGCCAACGGUUGCACCCCGGAGGGGGUCCGGCUGGAGACCCUCGCCGUCCUCCCACCCAGCGCCUACGCGGCCCUGACGGGGCUCCCUCUCCUUAACCCCUCUAUGACCCUUGACUCCCCUCAUUGCCCUGUGACCACCCCAGCCGUUGCUGUGACACCCGUCGCCACCGGGGACGGGGGAGGGCAUCGGGGAACGACAGGCCCAGGGGGGCAGGGUUGCGCGUACGCCUGUCUGGCGACCGGCAUCCAGAAAAUCUCGAAGUUUACAAACGAGGCCGGCCGUGAGAACGACGUCUUCGUGGGCCUCGCGGUCCUUCGCUUUCGACCGCCUGUGGCUGCGGAGGUACUGGUUUCUUUGUCUUGCCCGGUCGUCCUCCACCCGGACAGUUCCGACGCUGCCGUCGUCAAGCGCCUGCUUAGGCCGGAGGAGCGCGAUGGGGUUAUCCGGCGUGCCUUGCAGACUCUGGAGGUCCAGGACUGGGGGCUCUUCGUCCCAGAGGAGGAAUAA